CUUCUCCAGUUUGGUUCUUUUUUGUGUGGUGGUCCAUUGUCACAAAAUUCGAGUCGAUUCGUGUGUUGUGCAGUAAGAAGUGGCUUUCUGUUGCUUCCUCCUCGCAGGGCGGUUCAUUGCAUAAGUCUUGCAUAAACAGGAAGACACUCAGAUCAUGAUGGAGCUGUAUGAUUCUCAGUACCUGCUCAUCCUGGCCCCCUCCCUGGUCAUCGUGAUCAUGUUCCUCUUCUUCUGGCUCUUCAUGAAGGAGACCUCCUACGACGAGGUGCUGGCGCGGCAGAAACGCGACCACAAGCCUCAACCGGUGCGCCCCGAGAGCCGCAAGAAGAACGAGAAAAAGAAAAGCAAGAAGAAGGAGAGCGGGGGGGGCGUGCUGGGCGAUGUGGCCAACGGGCAGGAGUCUGACUCGGAGCACCGGGACUUCGAUUUGAAUGACGGCGUGCCGGAGGAAGAGGACCAGGCCAGCUCCAUCGUUAUCGCCCCUGCCAGCAACGAAGCACCCGCGGGGCUCCGCGACAGGAAGAGGCGGGACAGGAAGCAGCAGCAGUCCAGGGCGGGCCAGGAUGAGUCUGCCAGGGAGUUGAACGGGUCGAAACCGGCGCCCAAGAAGGAGACAAUCCCUUUGAGCAAGCAACCCACCCCGCCCUCCGACGCUGCCUCAGGGAAGAAGAAAUCCACGCAGAAGAAACAGAAGAUGGAAGGAGAUGAUUUCCUUACAGAAACCAAACCGGAGUCGGUCUGUGUGCCCACUAGGAAGGAGGUCCCGCUUCUGUCUCUUGAUGCCAAACUGCUGGAGAGCUCCGCUGCCAGGAAGAAGUCGGCACCAAAGAAACAGAAACCCGAGCCAGGUCUGGGGCAUGAACCGCUGACCCAGGCCCCGGUUUACAUCCCACCGAUGGACAACGACCCUGCCACGGCCGUCCCAGAGAAGAAGAGCGUGGACACAGCGACGAAAACCAACGCAAAGAAGCUCAAGAACGAGACUGACAAAGAAAACUCGGAGGUGAAGUUCAAAGAAUACCUGUCGAUCUUGAAGAGCCUGAGUCGGGAGGAGACUGUCAACGUGGCUGCCGUGCUGAUAGAGAGGAACCCGGCCGUGCUGGACAGCUGGCAGAGACAGAGCGGAAAGGCAGACACCACUAUGCAGCAGCUCCAGGAACGAGAGCGACUCCUCUGUACCAUCCAAGAGGAGGCCUCCAUCGCCAAGGAGAAGGUCAAGCAGCUCUCCCAGGAACUGCUGGUUGAGAAGCAGAAAGGGAGCUUGGCCGAGUCCCUGUUAAGGGAGCAGCUAGGAGCUAUGGAAAAGGAGCUGAGUGUCCUGCAGGGCAAAGCCCAGGGCAACUACCAGGAGAACCAGGCUGUGCAGAUCAAGGUACGAGGUUCAGUUUGGUUUCAGCAGCUGGAGGGUCAGAUCGCACGGUUGCAGCAGGAGAACGGGAUCCUGAGGGACGCAGUGAGUUCCGCCACCAACCAGAUGGAGAGCAAGCAGUCCUCGGAGCUCAACAAGCUGCGCUCGGAUUACGGGAGAGUCAUGGCGGAGCUGGCUGAGAAGAGCAGCAAGCUGCAGCAGGAAGACGCGCUGAGGAAGAACGUGGAGGUCACCUACAAACAGACUGUCAGCCAGCUCGAGGGUCAGCUUCAGCAGGCAGAGCGAAGGUGGGAAGAUCUCCAGGGAUUCCUGCGCAGUGUGACGGCUGAACACGAGAAACUGCAGGCCUCCAAUCAGGAGCUGCAGAACAAGCUGCUUGCGGUGGAGUCCGAGCUGGGCAGCAAGAACAAGGAGGUCCAGACCCUGCACAGCAGCCUGACCGACACCAUGGUGUCCAAGGAGCAGGUGGAGCAGAAGAUGAUGCAGCUCCUGGAGGCUUCCCAGCACAGCCGGGUCGAUGACACGGUGCAGGACCUGUUGAAUAAGAACACAUCUUUGACUGAUCAUAUUGAAACACUGCAGGCACAGAUGGCCUCUCAGACUUCGACGGCAUCGCUGGUGGAGGAGCUCCAGAAAAGGCUGGCAGAGAAGGAGGCUCAGAGGAAUGCGCUGGAGGAAUGUCUGAAAGUGGAGAGGAGUAGCUGGGCCAGCCGCGAGGCACAACUGCAGGCGCUGCACAGCGAGAGCAUGACACUAAAGGCUGAGGUUCAGAAACUGCAGGCUCAGAACUCUGAACAGCAGGCAGCCUCACAGCUCAUCUUGGAGCAGAUGCACAAAAGUGCACAGGAAAAGGAGGAGAAGAUUGUAACCGUGGAGAGUCUUCUGGAAGCUGGACUCAUCGAGGUAGCCAAUAAAGAGGACCAGCUGAAGGCCCUAAGGGUGGAGAACGAAGCUCUGAGACAGGAAGUGCACUGUUUGCAGCUCCAAAACGCAGAACAGACUUCUUCAGAGGCAACUGUAGAAGAACUACAGAGAGAGAUUUUAGAAAAGGAUGGGAGAUUGAAGUUCUUGGAGGAUAUGCUGCAGGCAGAGCUGGAGAAAGUAUCAGGCAAAGAGAAGAUGAUCCAGGCUCUGGAGCUGCAGAGUGAGUCUCUGAAGGAGGAGGUGGAGGCAGCCAGACAUCGUGAAGCUGAGCAGGUUUCCACAAGAAGCCAGUUUCAGGAACUCCAGAUACUGCUGCAGGCAAAGAGUGAGCAGGUGCAGGCGCUGGAGCGAGCUGCAGAGGAGAGAGGCAGAGAGGCUGCAGACAGAGAGCAGCAGCUGCAGGUGCUGAGGGAGGAAAGCUCAUCGCUUCGGGUGCAGCUGCUGGAGGAACAGCAGAGGGUGCAGGAGCAGCAGAAUCAGGUCCAGAUGGCGGCUCCAAGCCAGGAACUGUUAUCUUCGCUGAUGGAGAAGGAGAAGCAGGUCGCUGAGCUGCAGAGUGAGCUGGGGGCGCUGAGGGAGGCAGUGGAGCUGCACAGGAAGAAAAACAAUGAGCUUCGUGAGAAAAACUGGAGCGCAAUGGAAGCUCUUUCAGCCACCGAGUCUGUGCUGCAGGGGAAACUCAACAAGACAGCCAAGGAGGGUCAGAAGGCGCUGGCCUCGAUGGAGAUGCAGACACGAGAGGCACUUCACAGACUGUUCCCCAGCCUGCCCCUGCCACACAAACAGAACCAUCAGGAGUGGCUGCAGGAGUUUGAAACAGCUGCGAAGGAGACUCUGGCAUCAAAACCUGAAGACUCAAAGCUGCUGGAGGAGAAGCUGAGGGAAUCGGAGGAGCUCCACAGGAUUAUGCAGAAGGACUGCGAGACGUACAAGAAAGUGCUGGCAGAGACGGAGGGGAUCCUGCAGAGACUGCAGAGCAGCGUGGAGCAGGAGGAGUCCCGCUGGAGAGUGAAGCUGGAGGUGUCGCAGAGCGAGCUGAGACAGAUGCAUUUGAAGGUGACGGGGCUGGAGAAGGAGGUGGAGAGGCUGUGUGCAGACAGCAGGGAGCUGGAGAUUCUGAGGCAGGAGAGGCAGCAUCUUGAGUUUCAGUUGGAGAAGGCAGAACAAGAGAGUGCCACCUAUGUUUCGGAGGUCAGAGAGCUGAAAGAUCUGUUGACUGAAUUGCAGAGCAAACUUGAUGGUUCUUACUCUGAAGCAGUCAGACAGAAUGAAGAGCUGAACUUGUUGAAAACCCAGCUGAAAGAGACGCUUUCCAAGCUGGAAGCGGAGGAGAGGGAGCGGCACAAAGUGGCAGGUGAUCUGCACAAGGCACAGCAGGGUCUGGACCUGAUCCAGGCAGAGAUCCUCAAAGAGACGGGCCAGGCGAGCCUGAUUGAGAACAGCACCCUCGCCACGGAGAGGGAGGAGACGGACCGCAAGAUGAUGAUGGCAUCCGGGCUCAACCAGACAGUGAUGGAGCUGCAGCAGCUCCUGCAGAGUGUCAAGCAGCAGCUCAGCAAGGGGCACGAGGGGGUGAGAGAGGGGAACGAAGACAAACCCAACACAGCAGAGAUAUAAACAGCCAUUGAUACAACCACCUGCCGAAUUGAGCCUUACUUCAGAGUCACCUUCCUCUCUCUGUCACCUUCCUCCUCCUCCUCCCUGAUUUUAGUCAUGAACACUGAACAGAUUGUUCCGUCUCCACACCCCUCUCUCCUUCUCUCUGUCUCCAGGGCUCAGCUACUGAUACACACAAGGCGGCUUCAGAGUUUAGUUUUAUAGCAAUCAGCUGUUUCCUUUUUUAAAACGACCUCUUUGGGUUUAUACACUAUUUUUUGCACCCUUUUUCUGAACAGAAUGGGUCUGUCUGUCGGGUCCCCUGGGUUCUGAAAGCCCGGCUCUGCUGGGUUUUAUGCAGAGACGGUUUCAGGAUUUUUCUUGUGCUGGCGGUUUGGUCCCACCUUGACCAGGAGCUCUGAUAGCAAGGCAGCGGCACUGGAAUCCAACGCAGUCUAGGCACACAGUCAUGAGGUGCCUGAAGGUACACAGGCAGAGGAGUGUUUGAUUAUUGGGGUGUGUGGGGCUGGGGGUGGAGAAGGGUCAUUGUCUUUACUCUCCAGUCAACACUCUGUUUUAUUGUUGCUAAUUUAAUGAAUACUGAUCAAUUUUAAUAAAAGGGAUGCUUGGUAA